AUGGGUCGUAAUUUGAACUACGAUUUAGAGCUGAGACUGAUGCUGCAGCCGACAUUACGUAUAGCUGGCUUUGCGACGGAGGACCCAUCGGCCACGAUACGUGGUGAGCUGCUAGGUCUGGAAGUAUCACCGGGUGUAGUUGAGGUGUCCAACUGCUAUGCGUUCCGGUCCAAUGUGGUUGUACAGACGCCGACGGACGGCAGCAGCCUGGAGGCCGCAGAAGAAAAGCUCAAAAAGGAGGCGGAAAAGUACCAGAGCAAGAUGAGGGACUUGCUGGAAUACGUCGACUGUGACCCACAACCCAUUGGCAUCUGGGUCACCAACAAUAGUAACCAUAAAGAUAUAUUGGAAGAGCUCUGGGACCGCUGCCACACUUAUGACCCUAACUCGGUGCUUCUUUCAUUCGACUCAUAUCUCGCCACCAUAGGCAGGAUGCCAUUCAAGGCCUUUCUGCUAUCGCCCCAAUGGUUCAGCCUACGCCAUCAACUCGAAACCGGGGAGCUCGACAAGGCCCAGUUCACCAAAAAGGUCAACGAACUUGACAACAAGGACCUACUCACCCCCAUCAAGGUCACACUUCUCUCAUCAGCAUAUACCGACGCCAUCAAGAUGCUCUGCGCACCCUCACUCGAACACAGAGUUGCCAGGGAUCUCGUCGUCCAAGAGGCGCUGAUGGAGUCCCGAGAACGCGAACUCGCACAGCUAGCCAUCCAAGUUGACCUAGCCAACAACAACUAG